AUGAACAUGCACGUCGACGGCGGACCAUCCAACGUGGCAGAGCGAGAACGUCACGAUGGUGAUCGUCAGGUGAGAAUUGACGGACAGGAUCGUGGUUCGAUAUCGGGCAAGCAUUCUUGGAACCACAGGAUGAUUGGGCCGCUGCUCAGAAAUGAGACACUCAAUGUGGCCGGCGAUGGACACGCCGGCAGACCUCCUUUUUUCAUUCGCCCCGACAACCGGUGGUACAUUGUUUGGGUACAUUUCAUACUACUUUGGGCAAUCUACUCAUCCUUCUUCACUCCUCUCGAGUUCGGGUUCUUCCGAGGUUUGCCGGAGAACCUUUUCCUUUUGGAUAUCGCCGGGCAAUUCGCUUUCCUCAUCGACAUCGUCGUUCGCUUCUUUGUGGCAUAUCGAGAUGGUCACUCAUACCGCCUUGUCUAUGAUCGCAAACUCAUCGCCCUUAGGUACUUGAAAUCUCGCUUUAUUGUUGAUUUCCUUGGUUGCCUACCAUGGGAUGCCAUUUAUAAGGCUUGUGGAAGAAAAGAGGGGGUGAGGUAUAUGCUAUGGAUUCGACUGAGCAGAGCAAGAAGAGUGGACGAGUUUUUUGAGAAGAUGGAGAAAGAUAUAAGGAUAAAUUACCUGUUCACAAGGAUAGUGAAACUCCUUGUUGUCGAGCUCUACUGCACCCAUACAGCGGCUUGUAUAUUCUACUACCUAGCAACCACUGUUCCUCCUUCAAAGGAAGGCUACACUUGGAUUGGAAGCUUGCAGAUGGGAGACUUCCAUUAUUCAAACUUCAGAGAGAUUGAUCUUUGGAAGCGAUACGUCACCUCACUCUACUUUGCCAUUGUUACCAUGGCGACCGUCGGUUACGGGGAGAUACAUGCCGUGAACGUCAAAGAAAUGAUAUUCGUGAUGAUUUAUGUCUCUUUCGACAUGAUCCUGGGCGCUUAUUUGCUCGGUAAUAUGACCGCCUUGAUCGUGAAAGGAUCCAAGACGGAAAAAUUUAGAGACAGGAUGACUGAUCUCAUCAAGUACAUGACAAAAAAUAAUCUCGGAAGGGAAAUUAGUAACGAGAUGAAGGGACAUUUAAGGUUACAAUACGAUCGUAGCUACACCGAAACAACGAUUUUACAGGAUGUUCCGGUCUCUAUCCAGACAAAGAUUUCACAAAAGCUUUAUGAGCCAUAUCUCAAAGAAGUUCCCCUUUUCAAAGGAUGCUCUUCAAGGUUCAUGAAACAUAUCGCGACAAAGGUUCACGAAGAGUUUUUCCUACCUGGGGAAGUAAUCAUUGAACAAGGAAAUGUAGUGAACCAACUAUACAUUGUUUGUCACGGUGAAUUGGAGGAAAUAGGAAAAGAAGAAGAAGAUGGCAAAAUGGUGGAGAUCAUUCUUGCAAAUCUACAAACAUAUGAUUCUUUUGGUGAGGUUUCCUUCCUCUGCAAUACCCCUCAAUCUAACACAAUUCGAGUUCGAGACUUGUGCAAGGUGUUACGGUUAGACAAACAAUCCUUCAAGGAGAUCAUCGAGAUAUUCAUCCACGAUGCUCGAACUAUCUUGAACAACCUUCUUGAGGGAAAGGACCCGGUUGUUAGAAAGAACAUACUAGAAUCAGACGUAACUCUUGACAUUAUAAAGUCCGAAUCAGAGUUAGCGACAAGACUGAAUACCGCCGCAUUCGAUGGAGACUUGUACAGACUAAAACGUUUGAUCGCCGGAGGCCUUGAUCCCAAAAAGACGGAUUAUGACGGAAGAUCACCUUUGCAUGUUGCUGCAUCAAAAGGGUUCAAAGACAUGACGCUUUUCCUUAUCGAACAAGGAUUGGACAUCAACACUUCAGAUAAGUUUUGGAACACUCCAUUGCUUGAAGCUAUCAAGAAUGGUCAUGAAGAAGUGGCUUCUCUACUCAUCAAAGCAGGAGCAUCACUCAAUACCAUGGAAGAUGCUGGCGAUUUUCUUUGUAAGAUUGUGGCCAGGCGUGAAGUUGAUGUUCUGAAAAGGGUUUUGGAGGGUGGCAUAAAUUACAAUGCCAAGAACUAUGAUAGCCGGACUGCCCUUCAUGUUGCCGCCUCAGAAGGGUUAUAUGAAAUGGCAAGCUUACUUGUGGAGGCAGGAGCCAGCAUUUUGGCAAAAGACAGAUGGGGAAAUACACCUCUUGAUGAAUCUCGUGUCGGUGGUGACAAGGCUAUUAUGAAGUUGCUUGAGAUCCAAGGAAUAGAUAGGACACAACCAAGAAAAUGCAGCAUCUUUCCAUUUCAUCCGUGGGAUCCAAAGGAGAAGAGAACAGAGGGAAUUACAUUGUGGGUUCCUCAAACCAUAGAAGAGCUCAUGAAAGAAGCAACAGAGCAUUUGAAGUCACCAGGUGGGUCUAUGAUCUUAACCGAGGAUGGUUGCAGAAUUGUGGAUGCCAACAUGAUCCAUAAUGACCAAAAGCUGUAUUUGGUUUAG